AUGACUGAUGAUAAUUUGAAUCAAAUAACUAAUGAUCUUAAAUCAAUGCAAUUCGAUGAUGAUGAAGAUACAACAAAAUAUUUUAUUAAUUAUAUAAAUGAUGAUUCAAAUGAUCUUAAUAAUCAUAGUAAGGAACAUGAACAUGAUUAUAUAGAAAAUGAUAAUAAUGAUAUUGAUGUAUCUUCAUUACCAAAUAGUCUUAUUAUUAGUUCUGUACCUGAAGAUUUAUUUACAAAUCAACAAAUGAAAGAUGAAUUUGAACAAUUAUUUCGUGUUUAUGAUCCUCAAAUUACUGUAAUUUAUCUAAAAUUUUUUCAACGUGUACGUAUUACAUUUACAUCAUCAUAUAAUGCUUUUCAAGCUCGAUUACAUUUAAAUCAAUAUCCAUUUCAUGAUAAAAUAAUAAAUACAUAUUUUGUUUGCCCCCUUACUCUUCGUGAUGCAAAUCCUGAUGAACAUUUACGUCCACCUGAACCUGACAAACUUUAUCUUAUAUCACCACCAGCUAGUCCACCAGAUAAUUGGGAACAAAAUAUUGAAAAACCACCAUCUGUUGAUUUAAAUCUCAUUGCUGCUAUUUCACAAUUAAAAUCUAAUGAAUCUCAUCAAUUAUUACCAAGUGAACAUAGUUUGAAUGCUCCAUCGAUCAUCAUUGAUACAUGUGAUGAUUCUAAUGAUGUUGAAAUAAAUCAGAGUCUUCGGCAAAAACUAAUUAAAUCAAAAUUUGUACAAACUAAACGACCACCAUGUCAUCAAACUGAUGAACAUAUUUAA